GCCGCCAACACAGUGUGUUUUCACAGCUGCUGGCAGGAUGCUGGGGGUGUCGGCGUUGUUGCUGGCUGCCCUGGUGGUCGCUGUGACGGCCAUCUUCAUCUCCAGGAUGUGGCGCGUCUGGACGGAGAUCGACAAGCUGCCGGGAGAGAUGGCUCUACCGCUCCUCGGCAACACCUACCGGGUCUUCUUCUUGGAGCGCGAAGACUUCGUGGCCUACCUGGAUCAGAUGACCAAGACGUACUGGCCGCUGUAUCGAGUUUGGCUUGGUUUUCAACCAGACGUACACGUAGUCAAACCAGAGCACAUCGAGAAAAUAAUGACCAGCAGCGAACUGAUAACAAAGUCACAUGUCUAUCACUUCCUCGAACCAUGGCUGGGGCAAGGACUUCUCACUAGCACAGGAGCAAAAUGGCACUCACGACGCAAGAUGAUAACACCUGCUUUCCACUUUAGCAUCCUCGACAAUUUCACUGAAGUGUUUGCUGAGAAGUCAGAAGUAUUAGUAGACAUUCUGAAGACGAAGGCUGAUGGUGAAAUAUUCGACAUUUAUCCGUAUAUUACGCGCUGUGCUCUGGACAUCAUAUGUGAAACGGCGAUGGGAACUUCCGUUAACGCACAGAAGAAUCUCGAGUCUGCUUAUGUGACUUCAAUAUACAGAGUCGGAGAAAUCACAGUUUGGAGAAUACUUAGCCCGUGGCUGCAGAGCGAUUUCAUUUUCCGGAUAUCUCCGUCAGGGAGGGAGUUCUAUAAGCAGCUUAAAGUACUACAUGGAUUCUCCCAAAAAGUGAUCCAAGAGAAGAAAAAGGCGAGGAUGACUGUUAAAAUUGAUGGUAAAACUCCACAGUACGAUGAACUAGGGAGAAAACGACGCGUGGCUUUCCUGGACUUGCUUCUCACUGAAUCAGAGCAAGGUCAGAAGCUAACGGACGAAGAGAUUCAAGAGGAAGUGGACACGUUUAUGUUCGAGGGCCACGAUACAACCACGGCAGGCAUGACGUGGGUUCUUCUCUUAUUGGGACACCAUACUGAAAUACAGGAGAAAGUCUAUGCUGAGUUACGAGACCUAUUUCAAGAUGAUCCUAAGCGGCAACCAACGAUGCAGGACUUACAUAAUAUGAAGUACCUUGAGAUGGUCAUUAAAGAAUCGCUGAGGCUUUACCCCAGCGUCCCUUUCAUCGCUCGGAAGGCUACGCAAGACGUAGAAAUAGGCGGAUAUAAUAUUCCUGAGGGAACCAUGCUGACGAUGAACAUCAUCCACACACAUCGGGACCCCGAUCACUGGCCGGACCCCGAACGCUUCGACCCAGACAGGUUCCUGCCGGAGAACAUACAGAAGCGACACCCAUUCGCCUUCGUACCGUUCAGCGGAGGACCACGCAACUGCAUUGGUCAGAAAUUUGCCAUCCUUGAGGAGAAGACGGUGCUGUCGUACAUCCUGCGCCACUUCCGCGUGCAGACGGUGGAGAGGCUGGAGGACCUGAAGCUGAUGGGCGAGCUGGUGCUGCGGCCCUUCAGCGGCGUCAAGCUGCGCCUGUGGCCGCGGUAGGCCACUCGAGCCGACCGACCACCAACAACCGGUCACCCGCCGCUGCGCCCUGAAAAACCCAACACAGACCUGCCGUUACUGUCUUAUACAUUUCAAACGUGGUAUCAAGUGCAUAUCUACAGAGGUCACCAUGCGUUACCUCAAACCA